ACUGAAAAAUAUGUUUCAACUGAGUUUUUAAGUUUUAAAAAAAUUUUACGUACAACUCUUGGAUUUAUGAACUUUUCCAGUUUAUUAAGUACGCUAUAUUGAUUCGGAUCAGUACGGCUGUACAUGUUCCAUGAAGAUUUGUUUUGAAAUUUUCGUAAACAAUUACAAAAUUCACUUAUAUCCUAGCAAUAAUCAAUCUUAUUUUGCAGCAAGUUCAAAUCUUAUGUUGCAAAGAAAGAAAAUUUAAGCAUCUCCACCUGUUUAAAACAAUUAAUCAAGUAUAUUAUACUUUGAUAUAGCUAUUUCUUCAUGGAGCAGCUUAAACAGUAUUAUACAAAUAUUUAUUCUGUUGCUUAUUCUUCAUGUGGGCAUUAUCUUGUUGCUGGUAAUACAUAUGGAGACAUUGCUAUCUUUAAUUUAUCUCCAUACCUGGAAAAAGAUGAUUCAGAACAAUUUGAAGAAUUGCAUAAAUAUCCUUACUAUAAGUUUAAAGCUCAUGAUGCCCCAAUAUAUUCUAUUGUCUCCAACAAACAGUUAAUCAUAAGUGGUGGAGUUGCUGAAUUAAAAGUCUGGAAAUGGUCUGACGUUAAGAAGAAAAAUGCUAAGUCAUGUUGGAGCUUCACAAUACCACAAGGUGAUAGCUUGGUGAAGCCAGAAAUAAAUGCUAUGGUCCUCAGUAAAAAAGAUGAUAAUGGACUUUUAUAUGUAGGUUGUGGAAACAGUAAACUUUAUUGUCUUGAUGUUGAAAAACAAACGUUAUUGUUUGUUUUAGAAGGACAUACAGAUAGCAUAAAUUGUAUAGAUCUUGGAAACAGUGGUCAAGAAUGUGUAUCUGGGAGUGAAGAUGGUUCGAUGAGACUUUGGGAUGCAAGAAAAGGAGGCAAUGCUAUUCAUGUCCUAGAACCUUACAAGCACAAUCUUGUGAAUAGACCUGAACAAGGAAAAUGGAUAGGUUGUGUUGGAUUUGAUUCUUCUGAUGAUUGGCUGGUGUGUGGAGGUGCUCCAACUCUUGGUGUAUGGCAUAUUCGUUCACUUGCUCCAUCAACUAGACUAGAAAAACCUGGAAUACUUUCAUAUGUUGCACUUUUCCAUGAAGAUACUAUAAUAUCUGGUGGCUCUGAACCAUUUAUCAAUCACUGGAGUUUAGAUGGAAAGCUUAAUAUUGAAGUCCCGUCUUCGUCAUCAAACAUCUUCACCAUUGGAGUAAAUUCGAGUCCUACACAGCAGAUUUUAGCAUCAGCUGGAAGUAACUACAAGAUUGACCUCUGUACAGAUUUUCGAUAUAAAGAUGUAGCUUUAUAUUUUUGUAAUAACUCUGAAUAAUGUUAUUUGUGAAGUAUUUCAUUUUUUCUUUCAUACACUCUUUGUUAAAAACAUUUCACAUGUAAAUAAAUAAUUUAUAUGUUUUUAA